AUCACUACCACCAAACGCCACGCUCCGUCGCCUCCCUCACAGCUAAGCUAAGUAGCUAAGUCUUGCUAGUAGUGUUUGUGCAUGUUUAGCUUUGUUUUGUUGAUAGUUUCACUUUAAUUUAGCUUCUCAAAGCAUGUAGCUGUCAAACUAUUAAGUGUAGAUGUCAAUGUAAUGUUUGGAACAACACUAUUGACUUUAGCACAAUGAUAUUAUACUGCAUUAUUUACUAAUGACUGAGGACUCAGAUGUACCGCCGACCUGCGGGCCAAAUCUGGCGCUGAAUGACAUCUGAGCGGCCUGCACUCUUGUCGUGUCGAACAGGGUUAUUCAACAUGUUUUCACUGAUAUUCAAGUACAACUAUUGUACAACUUAAUUCAUAAAAAGGUUUUUAUGACUUGCAAUUGUAUUCACCAUUUGGUGAAGUAACAAUUUCUGCCUAUUUCCCACUUAUAAUACACGAUUUGAAUGUAUUAUAAACAAAGAUUUAAAUGUAUCAUAAACAAAGUAAGAAUAAUUGUAAAGGGAGAAAUCCCUGAACAAAUUGAAUAGGUUCGUUGUAGACCCCUGUAGGUGUCAUUGCAACACAAUCACACGUCUCUCUCCCAGACAGUUCCACGUCAUUCCAACUUUGACACCGACCACUGACCUUACACACACACACAUAGACAAACACACGCAGUGUCCCAGUUCCCUGGGCGCCAGUCAGUCAGACAGCUGGAGUAUAUAUAGUCUACUGGCUGAAGUUCGCCACACACACAGAUUUGCACCAACAGCUCCCCUCUGCAGUGCAAUGUGUCUUUGGCCUAGUUUUGUUCAAAAUCUCCUUCAGCAAAUCCUGAUUUUCAUAUUAAAUAUGAUGACUCAGGAUUGUUAUUAUGCAGUUCAUUUUUAUUUUAAAAGACCAUACAGUAUGUUAUUGUUAUACAUGACUUGAGCUGCUUCUACUACUUCGUUGUAAGGGUGUUUUUCUGUGUCAGUGAAUGCGCAUCAUCAGCCACGGGAAGUAUCCGGUGCGCUGCAUCCCGAAGGUGCUGAUGAAUAAGUUGAGGGCUGCGGUGAUGAAGACUAUGAUGGUGGUUAUAUUGUUCAAAUAGUCCAGACGCUUCUGAAGGGUGGGGUUAUUCACGUCCCGGCGUCCUACGACACACAUGAACACACAUGCAGGAAAAAACACACCUUUUUUAUCAAUAUAUUUAUUUAUCGCAUUGAGACAAACCACGAAAAACACUUAAAACACUCUUUUUGAACAUUUUACCCAUGCAAAAUACAUUGUAUACACAUUUUAGUGUUACAAAAAGCAUGUUUAGUUGGUUAAAAGUGAAACUAGCUAUGUUAGCACAAUCACUACCCAGGCCUGUUGUUUGUCUUAAAAAUGAAUUGCGCUCGUACUUUUGGUGAUAUAUUAUGACUUUGUUGGAAUUAAUUCAAGUUUUUGUCAUUUAUAUGCGUGUCAGAAGUGGAGCCGAGCCAGCAGCCAGCGAAAGAAGCCCGUCCUCUUGGAACCGAAGAAGCUGAUGAAGAAGUUUAUCACCGUGGUGACGAAGAUGACGCCUGUUGCUACGUUGUUCAGGCACAAGGCCUCACAAACACCUGGUUCCCCUCCGCUGUCGUGGAGUUGGUUGCGUAAGGGGAUGACGUCUGCCACGGGCUCUGAUCGCAUCAUCCGGAAUGUCUGACACCCUGGAAAUGUGCGCCACAUGUGUGCAGGGACGCGUAUGCUGGAGCCUAUCCCAGCUGACUUCGGGCGAGAGGUGGGGUAUACCCUGGAACGGUCGCCAGCCAAUCGCAGUGACAAGGAGAGACGAGGACCAAGCUGGGCCAGGUUAGGCCAGGCUAGGCCCAGCUUCCCUAAGCAGGGUCUCCAAGACUCCCUGGACCUCCUUUCGUAGUUCCUCUUGUCAGGUUUGUCUGGAAACGUCUUUCACCUGUCCAUGUCUUCGAUGAUCCUCACUGGAUGUUGGCAGCAGGAUGGAUUUGAGUGUUGAUCUCACAGGCCCCUCCUCCUUUUACUGCUUUUUGACCCUUUACUCCCUGCUCUUCAAAAGAAAGCCCCUUGCGUUCUCUGGGGGCUUCCCAGAGCUCAGUAUAGAGGCCUAUAGGAACUGUAGCUCGUCCUGUUGAAGCGGUUCUGUUAACUCUUCUGCUGCUCCAUUGCUGUCCCCUUAGUUUAGUUUAUUGGAGGCUGAGGAGAAGAUACAUUUAAAGCUAACCUUUGCGGUCUGGGAGGAAGAAUGUCGGAAAGCAAAAGCGGCAGCAAAGCAGUGAAAUUCAUUGCCCCGGCCCCUACAUCGCCGUCCCCUCAGACCCCCCACAAGAAUGUGAACGGCUCUGCAAGUUCAGACUUGCAUGUGGUGGACAAGCUGGAGGGGCACCCAGAGGUCCAACGGCGGCGUCACACAAUGGACAGAGACUCCAAGACCGCCGAGCACCGCUUCUUCCGCCGGAGUGUCAUCUGCGACUCCAACGCCACCGCCCUGGACCUUCCCAGCAAGGCGGCGGUCAUACUCACCUCGCCACCAGACUGCGGGGGGGCUUCUGCCGGCUUGUUGGUGCCUCAGCCUGCGGAGCGAGAUGCCCGAGAGGCACUUGCGGGCCCCUUUUUGCAAAGCCCUCAGCCUGGGGGAGCUCUGGAGGGGCAAAGCCAAACUGUAGGAGUGAAUAGCAUUACACAUGCUGAUAGUGCCCUUGUAGAAAGUGCAGAAGGGGCGAUAAAAGAGCCCACCUCCACAGCAUUGAAUGUCAACAAAACAGGAGACAAGCAGCGUGACGCCCUGCAGCAGGAAGUGACCAAAGACGGAAAACUGCAUGAAUGCAGCGCCAGCAGUCCCACAGAGGACAAGGAGCGAGAGACUGAGCUGGCCAAAGCGCGUGCCGAGCAGAGGGAGGCCGAGAAGCGGGUGCAGGAGGACAUCGAGGAGGCCGAGACGAAGGCGGUCGGGACAUCACCUGACGGACGUUUCCUGAAAUUUGACAUUGAGAUCGGGAGAGGGUCCUUCAAGACGGUGUACAAGGGGCUCGACACAGAGACGACGGUGGAGGUGGCGUGGUGUGAGCUGCAGGAUCGGAAGCUGUCCAAGUCAGAACGGCAGCGCUUCAAGGAGGAGGCGGGCAUGCUAAAGGGCCUCCAGCAUCCCAACAUCGUGCGCUUCUACGACUCGUGGGAGGGACCGUGCAAGGGGAAGAAGUGCAUCGUGCUGGUGACCGAGCUCAUGACAUCGGGCACGCUUAAAACCUACCUGAAGCGCUUCAAGGUGAUGAAGAUCAAGGUGCUGCGUUCCUGGUGUCGGCAGAUCCUCAAGGGCCUUCACUUCCUGCACACCAGAGCGCCGCCCAUCAUUCACCGGGACCUCAAGUGUGACAACAUCUUCAUCACCGGGCCCACCGGGUCGGUCAAGAUCGGCGACCUGGGAUUGGCCACGCUGAAGAGGGCCUCUUUUGCCAAGAGUGUCAUAGGUACUCCUGAGUUCAUGGCUCCAGAGAUGUACGAGGAGAAGUACGACGAAUCCGUCGACGUUUACGCCUUCGGGAUGUGCAUGCUGGAAAUGGCCACCUCAGAGUACCCUUACUCGGAAUGCCAAAACGCCGCCCAGAUCUACAGACGAGUCACCAGCGGAGUGAAGCCUGGCAGUUUUGACAAGGUGGCCAUCCCCGAAGUGAAGGAAAUCAUCGAAGGCUGCAUCAGGACAAACAAAGAUGAGAGGUAUGCCAUCAAGAUCCUGCUGAACCAUGCCUUCUUCCAGGAGGACACAGGGGUCAGGGUUGAACUGGCAGAGGAGGAUGACGGGGAAAUGAUUGCCAUCAAGCUGUGGUUGAGGAUAGAGGACGUCAAAAAGCUUAAAGGAAAAUACAAAGACAACGAAGCCAUCGAGUUCUCCUUUGACCUCAACAAGGACGUCCCCGAAGAUGUGGCGCAGGAAAUGGUUGAGUCUGGCUACGUGGCCGAGGGCGACCACAAGACCAUGGCCAAGGCCAUCAAGGACCGUGUUUCUCUGAUCCGGAAGAAGCGAGAGCAGAGGCAGCUUGUGCGGGAGGAGCAGGAGAAGAGGAAGCUGGGGGCGGAGCAACAACAACAAAAACAAGACGCACUCAAAGCAUCACAUACACAGGCGGAGCUAGAAGAGACCGAGGCAGAGCAUCUCUAUCAGCAGCUGGCCGAAGGAGGCGUGGACAACGGCCAGGGAUCCUCAGUCUUCUCCUCCGACUUGCCCCUGCUGGGUCAGCUGACCAUGUCCUACAGUUGCCCCCCUUCCACCCACGCUCAAUCCCAGCCCCUAACCCCUUACCCGUCCACGCCUGGCGCCAGCACGCAGCAGCAUCCGGCCUACACCCAGCAGCCACAGCAGCCAGUGCAGCAUUCAGUGGCGCACCCCUACAGCGGAGGAGCAAGCACAGGAGCAGCAGCAGGAGGGAGCUUCUCCUUCCCAGCACUGCCCGACCCGCCCGCUAUAUUUUUCCCUUCCAUCCCAGAGCGCCCCAUUUCCUUUUCGCCUCCUCCGACCGCCCCACCAAAGGCCUACAACACCCAGCGGCGCAAGAGCACAUCCAUCCUGGAGGCUCACACCCGCCACUUCCAGCCGGCUCACCCCAGAUACGGCAGCAGCCUGCACCCCUUCUCAGGGAUGGAGGGCGUGGACCCCCCCUCUCUCUUCAUGGUUAAUCCCGGUUUUGCCACAGCGGCUCAGAGACUCGGAGUUGGCGAGCAUGUGCAUCUCCAGGGACAAUCUGACCCAUCUUUCUACGGCUAUAAAGACAUGAGGGCAGAACAUGAGGAAGCGGUGAGGAGGCUGAGUUUAAAUCAAGCGGCCUUAUUGGACCAUUAUGAAGCCAUGGCAUAUGGUGGCUACCCAAUGACUGCACACCAGCUCAGCUUGUUGACUUUCCAUCAGCAGAGGCAGGCAGCAGCUGCAGCUGCAAGUUUGGGCUUCGACACAGGCCCUCAGCCAGGCUUCCUGCACCCUCACAUCAUGCAAAGACUGAGCGCGCACAGUCCAAUCCCUCCACCAUCUGUGAACCAACCCCCUGCUGGUCCUGUUCCUGGUUCAUCCUCUGAUGGAUGCAACCCUACACAGCAACACGCAUCCCCUUCCUCAUACCCUAUGUCGGCACCACCAAUAAUAACCGAUACACCGACAGGAAGUGUUUUUGAUUACCACUUAGCUGCUGCAGCUGCUGCCGCCGCCAACGACCCAAGUCUCCUUGCCUCCAGACUGUACCGAGCCCGCAGGAGCUCCAUGGACCUUCCCCUGGAAGAAAACACCCCAACAGGGUCCGGCGGCUCAGGCUCAUACCUUCGACUCCAGCCUGUAACGGAGGAGCUGUGUUCCUACGUCAGUCCUGAAAUGCCUUUACCGCCAGGAAGUCUCUUCCUGCAUCACGCAGGCCUGAGCGCCAAAGACCGAAGUCCAGAACCAUCCAGCGACUCUCUGGCGUCCUCUGACGCGGGAGAAUUCCUGUCGCCUCCUCCCUCAUCCCUUCUCUCUCAGUUCGACCCCUCGGCUGCUCAGUCCAUCCCUCAGUCGUCCUCCGCUACCCUCUGCGACUCAGCCGUAGACAGCCAGGCUCACCCACCCUCCAUGCAGAGCUAUCUCCCGCCCACGCCGUCCUCUGAGCUCUCACACGGGGGAACGUCAUCGGCUCAACAAGAGUCUCUGGUUGUGAGUGUGUGGGCCCGCCAUGGAGGGGUAGUGCCUGCCCAGCUCGACAUGACGUACCAUGAGUCACUGCUGGCCAUGCAGGCCACUAACCCCACACUGAAGCAGGCUCAGGUUUCGAACCCCAAACCCGCCCCGGGUUCCCCGUUGUUAGGCCACGCGACCUCCCAGCCUGCCCCUCCAGGGACAUCCCAGCAGAUGAUUGCAUCCAUUCAGUCCAUCAGUACAUCGGCACAAAGCCCCACACACACCUCGUUGCUGCAGGCCUCUGCACAGCCCAGUGUAGCUGCGCCCACCUCUACCAGCCUCGCUUCUCCGCCGCCGCCGCCUCCGGCGGCCGUGGCCUCUCUCCCUCCCUCUCCUCUUCCUCUGUCCCCUCUCCCUGCACCCGUCCCCCAAGCGUUGGCCACCAUGGUGCCCAUCAUCAGUGUAGUCACCGCCCCGCCCGAUACUGCCACUGAAGCGCCUCUCCAGUCUGUCUCUCACCCCUCGGAGUUGUCCCACUUCCAGCUACAGCCACCCCAAGCAUCCAUAGAGAGCGGCUACUGCGAGACCUCGGGCCUGAGUGAUGGCAACGAGGGAGGAGGCAGGGGUCGCCACGAGGGCCGCUCUGCCAAGCGAACCCAGAGACGCUCCGUGCGAAGCCGAUCUCGCCACGAGAAGCUCACCAAGGCCAAACUCAACGUCCUCAAUAUAUCCAACCGUGGCGACAGGGUAGCAGAGUGCCAGCUGGAGACCCACAACAGGAAGAUGGUCACCUUCAGGUUUGACCUGGAUGGAGACAACCCAGAGGAGAUAGCACAGAUUAUGGUCCAGAGCGAGUUCAUCCUGGAGAGCGAGCGGGAGUCGUUCAUUGAGCAGGUCCGAGAGGUGAUAGAGAACGCAGACGAAAAAGGCCUGGAGAGAGACGUUGGCGGUCAGAUGACUGGUGACAUGACACAGCAGAAUCCUGCCAUAUCAGUUCCCAUGCCAGACACGCCCCCUAGUGCAUCAGCACAAGUGGUCCACUCAGCAGGUCGCAAGUUUAUCGUCAGCCCCGUACCUGAGGCCAGGCUCAAGGAACCAAGCAUCCCCGCUUCUCCCUUACCACCUCCUGCACCUUCCGUUGAGACAGUUCCUCCGGCCUCAUCUCAAGCCCAAACCUUGGGCUUGUCAAAAUCGGCGGGCACAGUCAGCCUACAGCAAGCCUUCUCUGAGCUCCGACAGAACAAAAGCCAAUUGGAUCCGGGACCAAGCACUGCGCCGGCCUAUAUCCACACCGCCCAUCCUCCAGCAUCCUCGGUUCCCCCACUGCCUCCUGCUGUGGAAGCUACAGCUGGAGGUUCUACUUCAAUACAGGAGGAUGCUUCUCCUCCUGCUUCCUCCUCCACUCCUACAGCGGUGAAUCAGUCACAGCCCAUCCAAGAAAAGCCCCGUACCCAAGCAGCAGUACCCACUUCAGUCCCCUCCACCUUACCUCUCACCAGUGUAUCCAACAUUGUCCCAACGAUGCUCACAUCCCCUCCUGCCUCCCUUGUAACUUCACCCCCCUCAGAAGUCCCACCUGAUCAUUCCUCGGCCUCCCCCGCCUCAUCCUCCACCUCUUCCUCUGUCAUCCCCACAUCCUCCUCCUCCACCACCUCCUCAGCGCAGCCAACUUUGGCACACUCGCAGCCGCAGACAGCCACCCUUCCUGGGCAGACUCACACUCACUGUGGCGAAUGUGACACGAGGUGUGACCCAUCCAUGGAGUGUCAAAGCAAACCAGACGACAUCCAAGCCCUGGAGAAGAAGCUGCGCUCUCUCUUCAUGGAUCUGGGUGGAGGGGUGGCCCCCGCCCAGGGAGAACUGCUGCCCGACACUACCUCUGCAGCCUCUGUCGGGGGGACCUCCUCCCCUCUGGGCACCUGCUCUACCCCCACAUCUGUCAGCACGCCUGCCCCUAGCCAGGCAGCCAAUCCUCCUCAGCCCCCUACCAGCCUGGCGCUGGGCUCUCCUGCUCCCACGCAGCAGGGCCCGAGCACACCCAUUUCCACUCCUGCACCAGCAGUAAACACAGCCACCAACUUUGGCCAGACCGCUCCAUCCAAAACCCCCUUAUCCAGGGUGCCGGCCACCUCUCCUCCUCCUUCAGAACUCCUGCCAUUCCUCCCUGGACCAUGUCUCACUCAGUCCCAGCAGCCUUUAGAGGACCUGGACGCCCAGCUGAGAAGAGCCCUGAGUCCUGAGAUGGUUCCUGUCAGCACACACUCACAGGCUCCUCAUGGCGCCAUUCCCCCGGCAGGACAAGCAAAUCCUUUCUCUGUAGAGGGAGAUGCCACCUCAUCUCCUGCUCCCCCUGUUGGAAUUAAACUUGGGAGAUUCCAGGUGUCUCUAGCCACUGAGGAGUCACCAAGCCAGCACUUGCCCUGCACAGAAUCUUCCUCAACCACAUCCUCCUCUUCCACAUCCUCCUCCUCCUCUAGUCUCUCCAGCCCGGAGAACACAUUGCACAAGGGUUCCUCCACCCCUCUGAGAGCAGGAGGAGCCCAGGGUGGAGAUGACGUAGAUGGACUCCCUCAGAGAAAGCUGGGAGAGAACCACCGCCUGUCCCCUCUCACCUCCACUUGCCCCUCACCGAAACCCACCACCACCAUUGGACGAUUCCAGGUCACCACCAACCCUGAGGCCAGAGUGGGCCACUUCUCCGUCAGUCAGGCCCCAGAGUCCAGGCAGAGCCCUCCCCCCGCUGCCCAGGCUUCUAACGGGCCCACCAACCCUGGAAGUCCAGACGUCGCUCCCAAAGCCUCCCUGCUCAGUGUGAACAGCAGCAACUCCUUCAACUCCUACAUGAGCAGCGACAAUGACUCUGAAUUCGAGGACGAGGACUUGAAGUGGGAGGUCAACCGCCUCCGAGAGAAACACUUGCAGGAGAUUCAGGCCCUUCACUCACGCCAGAAGGAAGAAAUUGACUGUCUGUUCACCAGGCUGGGCAAGGUUCCUCCAGUUGCCGUUCUCCCUCCUAUCAUCGCCUUGGCUGCCAGGAGGAGGCGACCCACCAAGAGCAAAUCCAGCAAAUCGUCCAGAACCAGUUCCUCCUCGCACGGUAGCAAGAGUCCACUUCAGCCAGGCAGCGCUGUAUCCACCCAGAGUGCCCCGACGAUGCACCCAGGCCAGCUGGCUCAGUUAGCGCCAGGAUCGGCAAGCGACGGCGGCAGCGUCCAGCUCCAGCCUCUCAAAUUGGGUCCCUCCAGUGACAACCUGUGUUCUGCGUACACCAGCGAGGCAGCUCUUUCCGUGCCCAGCUUGUGCGCUCCCACCCCAGGUAUCAACACCGCAAAAAAACCAAAACAAGACUUCAUGGAGCCCUUGCAUGCGAGCUGUGUAAAGUUCAGCUGGGGUUCGGAGCGUCUGCCCUUCAAGCCUGGCGGCAGGAGGACGCGCUUUCUGAGUACGCCCUGCUUGGCUCUUUGGAAGAUGGUGAAAAAAGUCUGCCCCUGCAACCAGCUCUGUAGGACCAACAGCACCAACACAGUGAGCGGUUCUGGACCCCUGUGUCAGAGCCAGGGGGGCUCCCAGUGUCUCAACAUCUCGGCCCCCCACCAGCGGAAAGGCACAUUCACAGAUGACCUCCAUAAACUGGUGGACAACUGGGCCAGAGACGCCAUGAGCCUCUCGCAGGGUAAGAGGAGUGCCAAGCAGCUGCAGGCCCCAGCACAGGGACACAGCUACGAGGUGAUCCAGUCAGCCAGCCUGGCCAGGAAGUACUCUGCGCCGAGCCAGCUACUCACAGGCUCCGCCCACCUCCCCUCCAGCACGGCAUCCACUACCUCUUUGGCCACCGCCCGCAAGGGCUCGCUGUGCCAGCCCCCUACCUCCCCCGCGCUGCCCCACUUCAUCCCAUACGUGCCCGCCCCCGCCUACACAGCACAGUGGUCCGGACCUGCUCAGGGGCCCUCUGCUCCUCACGCGGCGGGGCCUCCGCUGGUCAGCACCUCUCAGCCGCUCGGUCCUUACCCCCCCUCGACUGCGGGGCAGAUUCCCGGUCAUGCUUUCACUAUGAGCAGCGCUCUGCAGAAGUCCGUCAGCAGCCCGGGGGGACCUAACAUGAGGACCACGUAGGGUUUGGGGCUCCUUUGACCUGACUGGAUUCAUCAGCUGGAUAUGAUGAUGAUGAUGAUGAUUGGGAGUGGGAGUGAUGCAUCUCAGCUUUUCUUCUGUCUUUUGUGUGAAGAACCUGUUUGCCAAAAAAGUCCAAAGAGUGGAACAAAGUUUAAAUACUACAAUGUGCAAUGUGUGUAUAGAAAACACUUGAGGAAGAGAGGCAAGGAUGAAAAGGAAAUGGGAGUUAAAAUGGUGCAUUGGAUGCAGGUAGAACGUCGACAAGGAGGCCUGGAUGACUCCGCCCCUUCCUGCGCACAAAGCAAUAACAUCACGGCGAACACGAGAGCUCUGGAACAUCCAAAAAGUGGCCUUGUCAACACAAUAUCUUGUAUCGUUUGUAUUCCUUUUUUCAGCUGUGAUAAUUCCAUUCACAGAUGUGGAUAUGAAUGGUUAUUUAAAUGAAAAACAACACUGUGAUUAUUGUGGCUUGGGGUAAAACAAAAAAUCACCACAAAAACAACGGGGGGAAAAAAUGCCUUAAUCGACAACAAUUCAGCUACCGUUUUUGUUUUGUUUUGUUUUUUUAAUCCAAUGCUAGCUACUUGUUUCUUAUCCAGUACUUACAUAUAAGACACUUUAAACGUUUGGCCCUGUUAGAUGAAUGUGAAUGUACAAAGCAGCUGUUUCAUUAGCUUUCUUGUGCCUUGCUUAUCCCCCCGUUUGCAAACACUGGAGAAGCACAUGAGGACCACGAGAGAUUUGUUUUGACGGGGAUGAAGAGGAUUGCAUUGGUGACUUACCUCCAUACUGUGAUGCAUUUUAUUAUUUACGUUUGACGCACCCUCUUGUGCUACAUUACUGUGAAAGGCAUUGUUAGCAUUAGCUCACACAUAGGGGCACAUUCUCACAUACUCACUUUUUUCUUCCUUUUCACAAUAGAAGUGUUAAAAUCCUGCAGCCUCUUCCAAACAAAAAUGUUCCAAUGUUCGAUGCUCGAGCACAGAAUUUUUGAUGAUAUAUUUCCAUUCUCAUGUUUUAUGUUGUUUUAUCUGCUGUUUUAUUGUGUGUAGCAGCACCUAACUCAGUAGUUGCAUUCUCUCGAUUUGACAAAAAGAAAAAAGAAAAGACAAAACACACGUGUGGGGUCUCAUCAGCAGCCUUUAACGGUUCAUGUUUUGCACUAAAUAGAGUGUUCCGAGCUUCAUAUGAAAUAAAUACAAUGACAUUUGUUACAUUGUUUGUCAAAGAAAACUUAAUAAAAGUUGUUUAAAUGAA